AUGAAGCCAGUCAACUGCCAAGCCCUAUACAAAUGUUCAGUGGGUUCCUUGAGGCUUCUUGCUGAUGGCCUUCCUGCUCCUCCCUCCAGCUGGAAGACUUACAACUCAGGCUGGCCUCGCUGCCUGGAUGAGGAGACUACAAAAGACUUAGACCUCAACAUUAAAUACUCUGUAGCCAAGAACACCAACUUCUACCUGCGAGCCGGCUCUGCAUUUACAGAAAUGAAAAUCAAGGGGCUGCUGGACCGCAAGGGGCUCUGGAAGAGUCUGGAGGAGAUGAGAGGGAUAUUCCACUUCCAGAAGACCCCGGCCACUGAAUACGUGUUUGAGCACUGGCAGGAGGACUCAUUCUUCGCCUCCCAGUUCCUGAAUGGCCUCAACCCUGUCUUGAUCCGCCGCUGUCGUGAGCUCCCAAAGAACUUCCCUGUUACGAAUGCCAUGGUGGCCCCAGUGUUGGGCACUGGGACCACUCUGCAGACUGAGCUGGAGAAGGGCUCCCUGUUCCUGGUAGAUCACGGCAUUCUCUCUGGCAUCCAAACCAAUAUCGUUAAUGGGAAGCCUCAGUUCUCAGCGGCCCCAAUGACUCUGCUAUACCAGCGCCCAGGGGGAGGGCCCCUGUUGCCCAUCGCCAUCCAGCUCAACCAGACCCCAGGGCCUAACAGCCCCAUCUUCCUGCCCAGCGAUGACAAGUGGGACUGGCUAUUGGCCAAGACAUGGGUGCGCAAUGCUGAGUUCUCAGUCCAUGAGGCCCUUGUACACCUGUUGCAUGCACACCUGCUGCCUGAGGUUUUCGCCAUGGCUACGCUGCGCCAGCUGCCCCACUGCCACCCACUGUUCAAGCUGCUGGUCCCGCACACGCGGUACACCCUGCAUAUCAAUACUCUGGCCCGCCAGCUGCUCAUCGCCCCUGAGCAGGUGGUAGACAGGUCCACAGGCAUUGGCAUCAAAGGCUUCUCUGAGUUGAUACAGAGGAACAUGGAAAAGCUCAACUAUUCGGUCCUGUGUCUGCCCGAGGAUAUCCAGGCCCGAGGAGUCGAAGCUAUCCUGGGCUACUACUACAGGGAUGAUGGGAUGAAGAUCUGGGGUGCUGUGGAGUGCUUUGUCUCUGAAAUAGUUGGCUUCUACUACCCAAAUGAUGUGUCUGUGCGUGAUGACAGUGAGCUCCAGGCCUGGGUGUGGGAGAUCUUCUCUGAAGGCUUCCUAGGCCGGGACAGCUCAGGUGUGCCCUCCUCACUGGUGACCCAGGAAGCCCUGGUGCAGUAUGUCACCAUGGUGAUAUUCAACUGCUCUGCCCAGCAUGCUGCUGUCAGUUCAGGCCAGUUUGACUUCUCUGCCUGGAUGCCCAACCUGCCAUCCACCAUGCAGCUGCCACCGCCCACCACCAAGGGCCAGGCAAGGCUGGAAGGAUUCAUAGCCACUCUCCCCCCAGUCAAUGCCACAUGUGAUAUCAUCAUUGUCCUCUGGCUGCUGAGCAAGGAGCCUGGAGACCGACGGCCCCUGGGCACCUACCCCGAUGAGCACUUCACAGAGGAGGCCCCGCAGCAGAGCAUUGCUGCCUUCCAGAGCCGCCUGACCCAGAUCUCGAGAGACAUCCAAGAACGGAACCGGGGCCUGGCCCUGCCCUACACUUACCUGGACCCUUCCCUCAUCGAGAACAGCGUCUCCAUCUAAAUCCCCUGGAGAAUAGUGCCCCAUAUGAUAUCCCUUUGACCCCAUCACUCUAGUCUAAC